AUGCCUAGAGCAAAAGUUAUUAAAGGAUCAAUAUAUGCUAUGCCUGCACGGAUGUGGAGACACAGCAUUCACUCAUUUCUAGAACUGCUUCAUCGCAGACUCCCUGAUUCAUAUGAGUAUAUGCUCACCUUUAUCUAUCUGGCAUAUACCAUAAUAGCAUUACUCUACGAGACUAUUCCUAAUUUCGAGGAUACCUAG